AUGUUUCCUUUAAGAACAUUUCUUAACAACAUCAGAUCAGUCUUGUUUGUGUGUCCAGCGGGUUCAGAGGACCUUGGUAACCACACCUGUCAACCUUGCCCGAGAGGAUCGUACCGCGCCAACUCGUUACAAGACCGAUUCCUCAGGUGCACUGCAUGUAACACCAGCUUCACCACCGUCACCACCGGCUCUACAUCAUCUAGCGACUGUAACAUCAGUUACAUGCGUAACUCCAGCACUAACCAGUGUGUACAGUGUGACUAUAGCUUCUAUCAGCCUAGCCGGUGGCAGGACAUGUGUUUCCCCUGUAACACCAGCUACACCACCAACAACACCGGCAGCACCAACCCCAGUGACUGCAAAUCUGCCUGUUCCCCUGGUUACAUGCGUAUCGCCAUCACUAACCAGUGUGUGCUGUGUCCUUACGGCUACUACCAGCCUCUCAAGUGGCAAGACGAGUGUAUCUCAUGUAACACCAGCUACACCACCAACAACACCGGCAGCACCAGCACCAGCGACUGUAUAUUUGUGUGUCCAGCGGGGUCAGAGGACCUUGGUAACCACACCUGUCAACCUUGCCCCAGAGGAUCGUACCGCGCCAACUCGUUACAAGACCGAUUCCUCAGGUGCACCGCAUGUAACACCAGCUUCACCACCGUCACUACCGGCUCUACAUCAUCUAGCGACUGUAACAUCACUGCCUGUUCUCCAGGUUACAUGCGUAACUCCAGCACUAACCAGUGUGUACAGUGUGACUAUAGCUUCUAUCAGCCUAGCCGGUGGCAGGACAUGUGUUUCCCCUGUAACACCAGCUACACCACCAACAACACCGGCAGCACCAACCCCAGUGACUGCAAAUCUGCCUGUUCCCCUGGUUACAUGCGUAUCGCCAUCACUAACCAGUGUGUGCUGUGUCCUUACGGCUACUACCAGCCUCUCAAGUGGCAAGACGAGUGUAUCUCAUGUAACACCAGCUACACCACCAACAACACCGGCAGCACCAGCUCCAGCGACUGUAUAUUUGUGUGUCCAGCGGGGUCAGAGGACCUUGGUAACCACACCUGUCAACCUUGCCCCAGAGGAUCGUACCGCGCCAACUCGUUACAAGACCGAUUUCUCAGGUGCACCGCAUGUAACACCAGCUUCACCACCGUCACCACCGGCUCUGCAUCUUCUAACGACUGUAACAUCAGUUACAUGCGUAACUCCAGCACUAACCAGUGUGUACAGUGUGACUAUAGCUUCUAUCAGCCUAGCCGGUGGCAGGACAUGUGUUUCCCCUGUAACACCAGCUACACCACCAACAACACCGGCAGCACCAACCCCAGUGACUGCAAAUUCCUGUGUCCACCCGGUAAUGAGGAUCUGGGUAAUCAGAUAUGUCAGCCAUGCCAGCAAGGAUAUUUCCGAUCAAACUCCCUCGCUGAUCGUUUCCGAAGGUGUACUGCGUGCAAUGCCACCUUCACUACUGCAGGCAUCGGUUCCACAUCGAGCGACAACUGUAACAUCACUGCCUGCUCUCCAGGUUACAUGCGUAACUCCAGCACUAACCAGUGUGUACAGUGUGCAGUAGGAUAUUACCAGCCUCUCAAGUGGCAGGACAUGUGUCUCCAGUGCAACGCCAACUACACCACCGCCAACACUGCCAGCACUAGCGCCAGUGACUGCAGAUUCUAUUGCCAGCCCGGGUACGAGGUCCAAACUCCCGGGGUGGCGACGUGUUCCCCGUGUUCCAGAGGAAAAUACAAGACCAACAACGGUGACGACAAGUUCCGGGCCUGUCAGACCUGCAGCAGCGGAAUGACCACAGAUGGCACUGCGGCUUGGUCUGCCAGCUUCUGCAACAUUGCGUUGUGCAAGGCCGGCCAGGUGAUCAUGAACGGCUCGUGUGUGCCAUGUCCAGCAAAUUUUUACCAGAAUGAAUCACAGUCCCCUUCUCCUACACCAAGUGUACCGCUUGUCCAUCUGAUAGGAAUGCAGAUUUUUGUAAAGUUCUUGUCAGAAGGUUAUCCUCUGUUAAGACUUAUAGAACGAUACCAGAGUAUAUCAACUGAUAACAGUAGCGAUAAUGGUAGCGCUGUCUCAGCAAAAUCUCAUCUGCAUGAUGUUGUUCACACUCAUCAUGGUGCCUGUACUCAAGAUGUCUGUCUGUCAGCAAUGUGUGGGCCUGGACAACAGUACAACUCCACAGUCAGCCAGUGUGUGGCCUGUCCGCAAGGCACUUGGAACUCCGGCAACGCCUCCCAGCAGUUUGACCCCUGUGCCCCUUGUCCUGCCACCUACGUCACUGUUGGGGAAGGAGCCACCAGUGCAGAUAACUGCACCCUGAGUGAGUUCUGCUGGUUGAACACAAAUACCACAAAGCCCGUCAUACAGCAAGUGUGA